UGUGCAAAAUAAUCUAGUGAAUUAUCAGCAACAACAAAUUAAUAAUGAACAACACGUUGAACAUCACCAGGAUCGUGAAAUUCCAUUAGGACCAAUGAGCAACUUAAUAAUGCCUUUAAGAAUCCCUAGUAGUGAUUGUGGGAAAAAUAGAAUGGAACAAAUUAUCCAAAAUAGAUUAGCACUGUUACUGAGCUUUAAUGGUGGAGAACCAGAGAAUGUAUCAACAUGGUUGAAUACUUUAGAGACACUUUUUGAUGUAUUAGGACUAGAUGAUGAUCAAAAGUAUGAUUUGGUUCGAGAAUAUUUAGGUGAUAAUGUCAAAGAGUGGUAUCUGCUAAAUGCAAAUUCAUCAACAAUAUUUAGAUCCGGAAGUCCUCAAACAAAAAGCAUUUGGUCAUCCAAAGACAACAAUGAUACAACAAGAUAA